AUGCCAUCCCCAUCGCCCCAGAAAGCAGGCCGCGGCGCAAAGGCGCGCAUCUGUGUCCAUUGCGGCCGAGCCUUUCGUCGUACAGAGCAUUUGGAGCGCCAUGUUCGAACCCACACCAAGGAGAAGCCAUUCAUCUGCUUCUGUGGGGCAGCGUUUACUAGACGCGAUCUAUUGAAGCGUCAUACUCGAAUUUCCCACCAGGAUGGUCUGGAAUCACCAGAUUCGCAGUCGGGGUCGAUGGUGAAGCCGGCUCUCCAAGCACCCCCGCGCACGGCACCUGCAGCUGCAGCCAUCCCACCACAGUAUGAUGCAGCCGGCCGGCCAGUAGGCUCGAUGCCGGGGCCAUCGCCUGUGCAUCAGUGGUCUGGCGCCCAAACUGAAUCUGUUUCGUAUAUACCCCAGAAUCAGACUGGUAGUAUCAUGGCGAUAGGAGCUCCUAAUACUAACCCAGUCCCCGGGGAGCAUCCGGCGAUGCACGAUCCCGCUAUGCUUCAAGCUGCCCAAUUGCUUAUUCCGGGCGACUAUCAAGCUACUUCCAUACCCUAUCUUCCGGAGGAUCUCAACCACUUCCAAGAAUUCACCCAUUUCUUGGACUCAAUUGGAUUGCCAGCAGAGUGGCUUCCAAGUGAUGGAGAAGCGAAUCAAAUGCAACCAGAUCUCGGCCUCGAGGAUGUGCAGAAGCCUGCUCAGUCAUCACAAGAGCAGUCAAGACCUAGACGUAGUCUGAGAGAAGAGUCGCGAGGAGACUCUCCUUUCCGCUCGUGGCUGCCAUCAGUCCCAAGAGGUGAUCAGAGCCUGGGCGCUCUCUCUGACUCGGAACCGCCGCAAGCCUCAUCCAAGUCGUCUAGGUUUAAUGUCUCGGAAGACCAACGCUUCCGACUUGCUGCAGCGCUGGAAGAUUUUCGCAAUGUCAUCCCUGACUUUACCCUUCCAUCUCGUCAUACAUUAACUCGGUACCUCACUUCCUACUUCGAAGGCUUUCACCCGCAUAUUCCAUUCAUACAUGUCCCGACCUUCCGCUUCAAUGAGUGCUCUGCUGAACUUAUUCUGGCUAUAAUGACCAUCGGCGCUCAAUAUCGAUUCGAGCAUCGAAACGCUGAAAGGUUGUUUCACGUGUCAAAAGCCGUCCUUUACGAGAGAAUGUCUCGGGACUCUCGUAUGGGUGGAUACUCGGCACCUCUUGCUGUUUCUCAAUAUUCUGUGGAAGGCCAAGGCGCAACUGGAGCAGCGAUCAGUACAUCAAGGCAGAUGGAAGUGAUUCGAUGUCUCCUUGUACUGAUGAGUUAUGCGACCUGGGAGCGAGCCGGACUCGUUCAAGAGGCCUUCCAAAUUCAGUCUCAACUCGUUCAACACAUUCGCGACGCUGGCUUAACCGAGCCAUAUACCGACCCCCGUGCCACAUCACAAGACUGGUAUGAAUGGGCUGAUCAGGAGUCUGUGCGACGGACAAAGCUCAUCUCCUUCUGCUUCAUUCAUAUUCACAGUGUUGCUUAUAAUGUUUAUCCAUCACUUCGGAGCAGCGAGAUCCACAUGCGUUUACCUUGCUCAACGAAGGAAUGGACAGCGAACAAUGCCGUCGAGUGGGAAGCCGCCCAACGAGACAGAGGACCUCAACAAUUAUUUUUCCAGGAUGCAUUGACCCUUUUACUCCAGAAAUCACGGUCAACAGUACCAUUGGAACCAAUUCCAGCGCCUUUGGGCAACUACAUGCUUCUCCAUGGUCUGCUGCAGCGAAUUCAUAUUGUCAGCGAGCUCUCGUUGCCGAAUGGAAAUCACUCAACUAGCCUUCCGACGGAAGAGUUGAACAAAAUAGAGCGAGCUCUGCGAUCUUGGACUUCUGUCUGGCAACAAGCCCCAGAAUCAAGUCUCGAUCCUCACAAUGCUAAUGGACCAAUUCCUUUCACCUCAAGCGCUCUCUUGGGACUCGCUUACGUACGCCUAUCAUUGAAUCUUGGACCAUACCGCCGUCUCGAGACUCGUGAACCGGCAACUAUAGCAUCUGCCCUAUGUCGCUCUCCCAAACCGGAGAGAAGCUACCGUCUCAUCCCAGCUCUCAUCUACUCUGCCCACGCACUGAGUAUUCCCGUCCGCCUCGGUAUUGAUCAUAUUGCCCGAAGUCAAGCUUUCUUCUGGAGUGUAAGGCACUCAUUGGCGAGUCUCGAAUGUGCUGUGUUGCUUAGCAAGUGGCUUUUCACGCUUGCAGAGGCGGCACCCGAUCAAGCUUUGAGUGAAAAUGAGAGCCGAAUUCUACGCUGGACGCAGUGCAUCGUUGAAGAAGCGUACUCUUCAAUCGACCUGGACGACGAGUCAGAAGCUCCGCCAAAUCUCGAGCCUGCUGCAUUGGGAAUGGCUGUUCUCAGGUUGUGGGCACGGUUGUUCAAGAGGAAUACCCAGUGGCCGUUUAUUAAUGUUCUCGGACAAAGUUUGGAGCAGUACAUGACGAUGAUUUAA